AUUUGCUCUUUGUACCGUGAUUCUCUCCUUGCUCACGCAAAGCCCAAAGUCACCUGUAGGUCCACCUGAUGCCGGCUACGUUAUUGUUCCUCUCAAAUUUGAAAGUCGGACUCGAUCAAUGAUUUCCCACCUGCCACCAUCCCUCAACUAAACCCGCCUUCUUCCCAAACCCCUAUUUGUUCCCGCUGGUUCUCCCUCUCCGUCACCGCCCGGUUGCCGUGUUUCCAGCCCGGUGAAGUGUCGGAAAAUGUCGUGCUCGUCCCAAACCGCCUUCCCUACUCUCAGAACUGUCACCAUAUCGUACUCAGAGCUCAAGGACAAGAGCGCUAACUUGUCGAUGAAAAUCGAAGAAGGUUUUGGACCAAACGGGCUGGGAAUUCUAUCGAUUACUGAGGUUCCAGGAUUUUCUGCAUUGCGUCGAAAUCUGUUACGUCUUUCACCUAGAUUGGCUGGCCUGCCUGAAGAGACAAAGAAGGAACUUGAAGAUCCUCACAGUAGGUACAACUUUGGAUGGAGUCAUGGGAAAGAGAAGCUUGAAUCUGGGAAGCCUGAUUUGUUGAAGGGCUCUUUUUAUGCAAAUCCAAUAUUAGAUACACCUACUAUGGAGGCAUCUGUGAUACAACGGUAUCCAUCAUACUGUGGGUCAAAUAUUUGGCCUGAUAGGGCAUUGCCAGAACUUGAAGUGGCUUUCAAGGCUCUUGGAAAGUUGAUCCUUGAUGUUGGGUUGAUGGUGGCAUAUCACUGUGACCGAUAUGGUAAGAUCUCAAUAUCAUCCAAAGGGAUGAAUAUGCACGAGGAUCAAGGCCUUGAGCAAAUACUUCUUCAUUCUCGGUGUCAUAAAGGGCGCCUGCUUUAUUAUUUUCCAGCACAACAGAGUAAUUGUACACAAGAUGGUGAUUCCACAUCAUCCUGGUGCGGCUGGCAUACGGACCAUGGUUCCCUGACAGGUCUGACUUGUGCCAUGUUUAUGAGAGAUGCUGUAGAAAUACCUUGCCCUGAUAGUGCUGCCGGUCUUUAUAUUAGAACACGAACUGAUCAAAUUGUCAAAGUUGUCUUUGGAGAAGAUGAAAUAGCAUACCAGAUUGGUGAAACUACUGAAAUACUGUCAAGAGGUUAUCUUUGUGCAACACCUCAUUGUGUUCGGGCACCUAAAGGAGAGGACGCUUCUGGUCUUGAGCGUUCAACAUUUGCAUUGUUCAUGCAACCGGACUGGGAUGAAAGCCUCAAUUUUCCAGAGGAUGUGCAUAUUCAUAAAGAGCUGAUUCCAUCAAGUGGAGCUCUUACUUUUGGAGAGUAUACCGAGAAGCUACUUGAUAAAUAUUAUCACCUGAAAGUGUAGAAAAUUGUAUAUAUUGCCACAACGAAGUUUAUUGAUAAAUAAAUGCUCUGUAAUGCAAGGGAUAACAUAAACGGAACUAACUUGUUAAUAUGCCAAAA